AUGGCUUCUUUUCUUUCUGAUACAUUUUCAAACCCGCGAUUUCAGCUUAUUGCCACAGCUGUGCUGUCAGGCGCAACUGCUGCGUCACUCAUACUUGGGUAUCAAGCAUUGGAGCGAGAAGAGAGACUUUCCGAGCUCAAAAGUUCUAUUCCCUCGCUGGGGGAUGGUGCUCACCAUAUCAAAAAACUGAAUGACUUUGGCGCGUCUUCAGAAUCAGCAGCUGACAAGGAGGAUGCACGCAAUCAAGCACUCGCGAGGAGGGCACAAGCAGGAGAUUUUGAUGAAGAGCUGAUCCUCGAACAACUGGCACGGAACAGAGUCUUUCUCACUCUUGAGGGACUCGCAAAGCUACGUGAUUCAUUUGUCAUUGUGGUAGGCUGCGGCGGUGUUGGAUCGCACUGCACUGCGUCACUUGCACGCUCAGGCGUUUCUAAGAUUCGACUGAUUGACUUUGAUCAAGUCACCCUCAGCUCUCUGAACAGACAUGCCGUUGCUACAUUGGCAGAUGUCGGCAUUCCCAAGGUCUACUGCCUUCAACGACGGUUGAUCGCCAUUGCUCCCUGGGUGAAAUUUGAUCUUCAACAAGAGAAAUUUGAUGGAUCCGUGGCAUCACAGAUGUUGGGUGCUUGGGGAGAUGGACGACAGCCUGACUUCAUUGUUGAUGCCAUCGACAAUAUCGAUACUAAAGUUGAGCUUUUGAAGUACUGUUACGAUCACAAACUGCCAGUAAUUAGCGCAAUGGGGGCCGGCUGCAAAAGUGAUCCGACGAGAAUUGUCAUCGGGGACAUUGGAUCGAGUCGAGACGAUGGGCUAUCACGGGCAACCAGGCGGCGUCUCAAGCUGCUGGGCAUCACUAGCGGCAUCCCGGCAGUCUAUUCAACCGAACAGUCCGGGGAAGGCAAGGCCGAGUUGCUGCCGCUUCCCGAUGAGGAGUUUCAAAAGGGUUCCGUCGGUGACCUUGGUGUGAUGCCCAACUUCAGAGUCAGAAUACUUCCAGUGCUGGGUACUAUGCCUGCUAUUUUUGGACUCACGACAGCAAACCAUGUCAUCUUAAGUAUCACGGGCUAUCCGCUAGACUAUGCUCCUGCCAAAGGCCGAGAGAAAAUGUACGAGGGAAUGAUGACGUAUGUUCAAGGCUCUGAAGACAGACUUGCUCGAAUCUUGGGUUUGGACUCGGUUGGCUUAAAGACUCCUCUUACAUCCGGAGAUGUUGCCUUUUUGGCAGAAGAGUUAUAUCACGGGCGUAGUGCCGUCAGUGGUAUAUCGACAAAACUUGUACUGGCGCGAUGGCAGAGACCGCACAGUACAAACAUGAGUGUCAUUGGGGAGGGUAAAGAUGUACAGAAAUGCUCUACUGUGCGACUACGAGAUCUUGUGUGUAUGACCAAGGAAGAAGCAACAAGACAUGAGAAGGAGAUCUUCAAGGCGGGCAAGGCUCUGAACGACGUGUACGAUACGGAAACGAUUGAAAGGAUUGAAGCGAAGUUGGCAGUGGCUGCCAAGUACGAACAAUAUAGAUAG